AGCUCAGAAGGUCUUCAUAUUACAAAAUCAAAAAAUGGAACUGAAAAUCUUAAAUAAGAGGAUCAAUUUAGAAUUUUAAAAUUCAGGGGGUGUAAGUUGAAAUUUCAAGCGUAGAGAACAAAAUGCCCUACUCGUCCAUGACUGACGGUUAUUUGGGUGCAGAGCUGAACUUAGGGUUUUGUUGCUUGUUCCUUCGUCUCCUCUCAAUCAAACAAGGCUCUCAUCCUCGCAUAAACUUGGAAAACUUGGUAAUAUAGGAGACGGACAACGUUUUGGUCUCUGGAAAUUCGAAAUAGACAACCUAAGAAAUAGUUUGUUUGUUCGUUGACGACAAACAAAACAUUCAUUCAUUCUUGUUCACUAAACUAAUGCAAUCUCUAAAGUCACACCCUGCUCUUUUAUUUUCUCUUUUCAAUCAAUUCUCUUCUCAGUCUCUGACAUCCUUCCUCUCUUUCUCAACCAAAUGCCGUUGCCUACACUUCAACGAAACCAGUUCAAUAAUUGAUUACCUAAAUUCCAACUUCCAGUUCUCCAAAACCCAAUCCCUUUAUAUCUCCAAACGUGUUUCACAGGCCAAAUUCCCUCAAAACCCCUUAUCAGUCCUCACUUUCUUCAAACAAAUUGGCUUUUCGCAAAGCCAGAUUCUCUCCGUGAUUCGUCAAAGACCCCAGAUACUAUUUACAGACGUUGACAAAAUCUUAAGAUCCAAAAUUCAGUUCUUUCAGAUGUCUGGAUUCCAGGGUCGCGAGUUAUGUAGCUUCAUUUCAAAGAAUCCCUCCAUUUUGACUCAUAGCUUGAAGAAAACAUUGGUCCCCUCAGUUGAAGCUAUUAGGAAAAUUGUGUGCGACCAGAAAGAUUUUAUUCUUGUGUUGCACAGAUGUGGCUGGAUACUCCCAAAGUACAAAAGGUUUAUGGACAAUGUCUUCUUCUUGGAGAGGUGUGGCAUUCUUGGGACUCAUUUUGCAUUGCUACUCAAACUUCACCCAAGGAUUUUCAUUGCACAGCAGUCCACUAUUGAAAACCUUGUUUCUCGAGCUGUAGACUUGGGCUUCCGUGAAAAUUCAAGAAUGCUUGUCCAUGCAAUUCAUACAUUAAGUUGUUUGAGCAAUAAAACAUUUGAGAGAAAGCUGAAACUAAUUAAUAGUUUUGGGUUUUCCAACGAUGAGGGCCUACAAAUGUUCAAGAGAACCCCGACUUUGUUCAGAACAUCAGAGAUGAAGUUGAAAGUUGGAAUGAAGUUCUUCUUGCAUACAGUUGUGCUGCCCAAGUCAGUCCUUAUUCACCGGCCUCAGAUUUUAAUGUACAGCAUGGAGGAUCGCGUGCUUCCUCGAUAUAAAGUCUUCCAGCUGUUGAAAUCAAAAAAUCUCUGCAAGAAAGUCCCCAGUUAUAUUCAUGUGUUGUGCUUGUCUGAGGAGAUGUUUUUGGACAAGUAUAUAUCACAGUUCAGGGAAAAUGCAGAGGAGUUAUUAGUAGCAUACAAGGGUCAUUAUCGGGAGGCAUAACCAUACCUUCAAUUCUGAUUUUUCACUCUUCUACGGGAAGCCUGGGCAAUUUGGGACCAAAAGUGCUUGGACUGAUCCAAUUUAUACUAUCCAGUGGAGAAGAAGAAAAUAUACUCAUGCUAUGGUUACAUGUUGAGAGCCCAGGCAAGUCUGGUUCUAAUCACCCUUGAAUCCGCAAAUUGAAUCUAGACAUAAUAUAUGCUUUUUCUGAAUGGAUAGCAUAUUAGAUCAAAGAAGAUGAUAAUGAGAUGCAACAGUGUAUUGAGGACUCUGUGGGUAACAACAAUACACAAAGAAAUAAUAUUAUUUUUAGGAACCAUAAACCCAAUGGUGUGGAAGUGUUUAUCUUAAUACAAAUUAAAACUUGAGCAUAUUGUGAAUUAUGGCUCAUAUUUCAACAACCUUCAUAUGAGCAAGAUUUUGAUUCAUAUUGUGGAUCAUCUUUUUGGAAUUAUGAACUUCCUAUGCUGCAAAUCUGAACAAUGUCAGUAGCAACAAUAUGCCCACCAGUUGUUGCAUCUAUUAGCGUUGAACCAUCUUUAGAAGAUGAUAGACCAAAUGGUUGAGCAGGAUAGAAAAUUCGAGAAACAACCUGCUAUAUGACAAGAACAGAGUUUUUAGUUCUAGCUGCCACAAUAUUCUAACCAGCUAGUUCAACCACUAAAUUCAUAUGCUCAAUAGCCAUACUGUGAGCAGUUUCACAACCAUGUACUAAACAACCUUUGUUGUCACCUUUGCAAAAAUUUCAACACCAACAACCUAAGACAUCAAGUGUUGCACCUGUUAACAAUAAGUAAUAUAUAAAUGAUUGAACAGAGAGGGCAAAACCUGCAAAGGCUAGAUUAAGACCUGUAGAAAAUAAGGCAACAAUAGAUUGAAGAUAACCAACAGAAGGGUGAAGAGUUGAUUAUAAUUUAAGAUUAAUAAAAGAGAGAGAGAGAGAGAAUGUGCUAAUUGAGAAAGAAAAAGAAAAAGAAUUUGAAGGAUGUGUUGAGUUAGCUAAGUGCACAUCGUCUGAUGAUGACCACUGUGAUACAGAUGUUAAUGCAGAACACAGCAAAUUGAGUCAAAAGACUCAAUUACAAGAUGAUCUAAUAAUAGAGGCUGAUCUCUUUAAGUCGUUGGGUGAUUGUGAUGUUGUUGAGAUAGAUUGUGAUGAGAAUGCAAUGAUGAAACCAAGUGUAGUAGUAGAAUCACAAAGAGAUGGAUCUCAAUUUCAUAUAAUAAGGGAUAUUAAGUGAUAGGAGAAGUUGUUGCAUUGAAAACGUACCAUUAGACCAAAAGAUAUAGUUGCUAAUUUAGGUGCAACUCUUAUUUAUUUUGACUUAGUUAAACUGGUUUAUAUCACGGGGUUAAUUGAUGUUACCGACGAUAAUCAAAUUGUUCAUGAUGAAAAUCCCAUUUAUUUGGACUCUGCUACCCAUUGCUGAAUGUCCUUAUCACUAGGCAAAAAAUUAUUGAUAAGCACAACUUAUAAUUUAGAUAAUUUAAUUUAUGUUAUGGAAUAAUUGAUGCAACUUGAAGAAUCUUUACAUUUGCAAACCAUAAAUUAGAGUUUAGAAAGAGACAUGAUAAUAAAGAGAUUGAUUUUUAGCUAAUCUUGCCAUUAAUUGUUUUUUUUAUUGCAACCAACCAUUAACUUGAACUCGUGAUUACAUGAAUGUGUUGCCUCUAGAAAGGAAUAAAGAAAAACAUAAGAAGUGUGGUUCUGUCAGACAGAACAUAGAAAUAUGUGAAAAUUUGUAGCAGUUGGCGCCUCUUUGACUCUGCCGCUGCCGCUGACACCACCAUGGGAGUGGUUGUCGGGAAGGGCCGGAGGGUGGUAGUACUUGCGGCCUGUUUGGGGACAGUUAGAGUGAAACCUUGCGACAACCCUAACCCCUUGGUCAAGGAUGCCCACAAGCUUCCCCAUACCCCUAACUGCUCCCAAUUAAACUCAAGAACCACACACCCCCUUUUCCUUUCUCUUUUCUCUCUAAAUUUCUGGCGGGAAUAAGAGAAAAAGGGAAGGCUGUGUUACAAAAAGACGAGAGACUUAAAAAUAGUUUAUAUAGAGAGAGAGGUCGCUGUUUGUCGAGGAAGAACAGAGUGGCCUGAGAUAUUUAUAGUUCGUGAUUUUCUCACGCACUUUCUUCGGCAGCGGCGGUUCUUUGCUUCUUCGUAUUUUUAAUAUUAUUUGGUUUGUGAUGGUUGACUUGUUGAAUUUGAACCGCGUUUCUAUCUUUAAGCAUCCUAUAUUUGACUAAUUGCUUCUUCUUUUUUUAUUUUCUUUUUAAAGGGGCUUUCCUAUUUUUGAUUGUUUACUUUAUUGUUAUUACUAUUAUUAAUGCGCACAGAUUGAAUCGCCGGUCAAGCCAGGUAA